UGUUGGUGCAUUCAUCAAAACAGGUAUUUAUCUUGCACACUACGAUGGAGCACUGGUGUACAUUUUAUUCGAAGCAUUGCUUACAUUUUGAUCACGUGAUUAGUCUGAGUUUAACUACUGCCACCUCAUGUACCCGGUAGACUGAAGGGACAUUACCUAUCAUGUUUGUGUUGACAUCAUCAGCUCAUUUCAGACAAGAGGAGAAACGUUUAUAAUAUUGAUAAUUAAUAUUCAAGAGACAAGCUGGAUACCAUCAUGUAAAAGCCAAGGUAGGCCUUCAUGACUGUUAAAUGCUGGACUGAAGCCACUGUGACGUGUGUAAAUCUACUUAUCUUGUUAAGGGAAUAUCUUGAUUUUGUGAGCAUGUGAUCAAUGGCAAACUGAUAAUAUUAACAACGAUCCCGAAACUUGUAUAUUUUGCAUGUUUUCAUUGCAGGAAAUUGACUUUGCAAUGCUGAAUAUCACGUAUUACCGGCGGCGCCUUCGCCUUUGGCCGGUUCUUACGUGCAUGUUCUUGGUAGGUUUCGCCAUCGCAUUCGUCACGAGAUCCAGGGUUGAACCCGACACCGUGAAGGAGCUGAAAAUCAGUUUGGACAUUCGUGCAAAAUCACAAGCCAGUCAUCCAGACGUCCACCAUUUCCAUGGGUCGAUUGAGGAGAAGUUGAAAUACCUUCGACUAAAAUCCAUAUUCCUCGCUGGGAAAUGGAAAUCGGACCUUGUGUCAUCAUAUCACAAACCCUACCCUGCGAAUUGUUCCGCCAUUUUGUCUGGUGAUAAAUUUGCCAUCGCAGAAGGAACUUUGGUGGUCAAAGAUCGCAGAUCGAUACAAAUGCCUGGUAACGAAGAGGUCAACGGUUGGACAUCAGAUUGUAAGGGAUAUAAGAAUAGACGAAAGUAUCCCACCAAGUCAUAUUCCGAUGAGGAACAGAAUUUUCCAAUUGCUUACAUAAUUUCAGUGAUAAAACAUGGAGCUCAAAUCGAACGCCUUUUUCGCGCCAUAUAUGCGCCGCAGAAUGUUUACUGUUUUCAUGUUGACAAAAAGGCGCCACGGCACCUGGACGUGACUAUAAAAAACCUGACGAAUUGUUUCAACAAUGCCUUUAUCGCAUCGAAGUCUGAAUACAUAAAAUAUUCCAGACUGAAGGCAGAUAUGAGCUGUAUGUCCGAUCUCAUGUCUCAUGAAUGGAAAUAUGUCAUCAAUCUCGAAACCUAUGAUUUCCCGCUGAAAACCAAUCUGGAAAUCGUCAGGCAGCUGAAAGCUCUUGACGGAAGAAAUGACAUUCCUGGUGUACAUCCCGAACAAAGUGAUUCUUUCGUAGAGAGGACGCUAUAUCACCAUGAAGCCAUCGCUGGAAGAUUGAGAAAGACACCGAAGAAGAAAGAUCCCCCACCCCACUCUGCUUUGAUCUACCUGGGAACCCCUUAUUUUGCUGCCUCGAGGAAGUUCGUCGUAUACGUCCGCACCAACCAAACCGCAAUGGAUCUUCUGGACUAUCUUUCGGAUUCAUCGGGUCCUAGCCAUUACUAUUGGGUAACCGUCAACCGAUACCCGGGUGUACCUGGAGGGUUUCCCAAUUCGACAUGGGCAACGAGUCUCCGGCUUAUCAAUUUCACGAAUACUGCUCAUCCUACGCCUUGCAUUGGCCAAUGGGUGUAUAAUACUUGUAUCAUUGGCCCAGGGUAUGUUCCAUAUCUUUCAACCAUGCCCUACCUUUUUGUGAAUGGCGUCUACUAUGAUACCAACCCAGUGCCUUUACAGUGCCUGGAAGAACUACUCGACUACAGAACAAAAAACCCGGAAAGCAUUUACGAUUUCGUGUCGGAGUUCCCAGUGACUAAAUUAUUUGAUGUUUCUUCCAAUCGAAAGCCACCAGAUCACCCUAAACCACUCAAAUGAACAUGACUUUGUUAUAUUAUUUGAUUUUAAUUCGAUUAUCGACUAUCAAUAUAGGUCCUGUAGCAAUUAAGGGCCAAGAAAAAUGCCCCUUUUGGGAAAAUAUGGCUCUCGCCGGCAAGGCCAUGAUGUCAGUCUUGUCGAAAAUAAGAAUUUAUGCAAAAUGGGGGCUGCCACGGAUCUCACGGCUACAUGGGGCGGGAAGGAACCCAGGGUCAUUUCUUCUGUGAAAAUUGGCGAAUCACCCAGGGGAGGGCCGUGCAUGGUUCUACCAUUGAUCUGUAUCAAUGUUUCGUU